UUUUAAUUUGGGUUAAGGAAAAAUAAUUUGAAAGGGUAAGGCGGUAGUAAGACCAGAAAUAUUUAUCGGGUCCGGAAAUCUUCCGAAUCCGAUCAACUGUAUCUUCUAUUCUCCGACCCUCCCUCCGAUCAAAUUCCGCCGGACCCUCGCCACUCACCAACUCCAUCAAUUCGCCGCCGCUUUCUGCGCAUUUUAAUUGAGGCAUUUGCUGUCUUCUUCUUGAGCUUCCGCGGCAACAGCCGAGUGAUAAUCGUAAACCUAGCCGCCGUUCGUCCAAAAAUCCACCGGUCAGCGGUCCGCUCUCUGCCCUCUCUACCCUCAGAAUCUCCAUUUUAACGUUUAACAGAGGGGAUGAAUCCGUUAACUUUAGUGAAGCGCAUUCAGAAUAUUAACGCAAAAGAAGCAGCCUUAGGGAUUUCCGAUGAGGCGUCCUGGCACGCUAAGUACAAAGAAUCUGCCUAUGUUUUCGUCGGCGGCAUUCCUUAUGACCUCACUGAAGGCGAUCUCCUUGCCGUCUUUGCUCAGUAAGCUUCUUCGUUUUGUACAUAUGAUGUUUCUGGUUGUAGUAUUACAUAUAUGUGUAUUUAUCUGUUUUGAUGAUUUUUAGGUACGGGGAGGUAGUUGAUUGUAAUCUUGUUAGAGAUAAGGGGACUGGAAAAUCUAAAGGCUUUGCAUUUAUUGCAUAUGAAGAUCAAAGAAGUACUAACCUUGCUGUUGAUAAUUUGAAUGGUGCUGCAAUUUUGGGGAGAACAAUUAGGGUAGACCAUGUUAGCAAGUACAAGAAGAAAGAGGAAGAGGAUGAAGAGACUGAGCAAAAAAAGAGGGAAGAACGUGGUGUUUGUCGUGCUUUUCAAAGGGGUGAGUGCACUCGUGGUGCUGGCUGCAAAUUCUCUCACGAUGAACAGAGAGCUGCAAAUACUGGUUGGGGUCGCGAAGAAGAUAGGCGUUCAAGAAGAGCCGAUGGCAGAAUUGAAGCUUCUGAAAGAAAUGAAAGGCCAAGGCAUGUGGAUGACAGGGAUGACUCUCGUGAUAGAGGUAGAAGAAGUUAUGAAUCACACUCUAGAGAAGAUCGCGAUCAGAGAGAUGCGAGAAGUUCAAGAAAGCGCGAAUCUGAAUCUUACCACAGAGAAGAUAGGGAUGCAAGGGGGAAGAGUAGAAGGGGUGAUCAUGAAUCCUCUUCAGAUCGUCGUAGAACCUUGGACGAAGAGCAUCGGUCUAGAUCUCACAGACACUAGGACUUUUGUAGUUGGUCUCCGAUGCACGAUAUGUUCCAGACUUCCAGUGUACUAGGUGUUUCUUCUCCACUGUUUAUUGUUGCUGCCUUUUUUUAUUAAUCAGGAUUCAAGAAUCUGUCAAUCUGACGUAACUGUCUUUGUAAAUCUGAAGGUAGAGAUGAUUUACUUUGUAGAAUCAUAUUCUGGUUCGAAAUGAUCAGAAUUGGUCAUUGGAGUUAUCAAUUUUGAUCAUGAUGUUAUCAACGAAUUUUGAAUAUCUUGUUUGAAACUGUGUAGACGAGAGAGUAGUUUAGAGCUGAUCUAUGUUAUGGAUAAAUGCUUUGUUCACCAAUUCAAUUAUCGAUCGCCUCC